UUUCCUAUUUUCUUGGUUUCCUUUGUUUUUCAUUCUCAUCUUGCAAUUCAGGGCUCCAACCUCCAAGUAAGGAAGAAAACGAUAUAGGAACACCAGAUACACGGAAAUGCUGAGGGUCGCUGCAAAGAGGUUAUUUGUGACGCCGUCGCCGGCACCACAACAGGCGCUUAGGGUUCUGCCGCGAUUUUACCAUGAGAGGGUGGUAGAUCACUACAACAAUCCACGGAACGUUGGUUCCUUCGACAAGAAUGACCCCACCGUGGGAACGGGUUUGGUCGGAGCACCGGCGUGCGGUGACGUCAUGAAGCUGCAGAUUAAGGUCGACGAGAAGACCGGCAACAUUGUUGAUGCUCGCUUCAAGACCUUCGGCUGCGGCUCCGCCAUUGCUUCUUCCUCUGUCGCUACUGAAUGGGUAAAGGGAAAGCAGAUGGAGGAAGUUUUGUCCAUUAAGAACACCGAAAUUGCAAAGCAUCUUUCACUUCCACCAGUUAAGCUUCACUGCAGCAUGCUUGCUGAAGAUGCAAUUAAAGCAGCUGUUAAAGACUACGAAGCUAAGCGUGCUAAGGCAACCACUGCAAAUGGAGAAGAAACAACCACCGGAGAGAAGGCUGCCACAGCUUAAUCUCUUCUUCGUCUAGAAUGGUGAUGCAAACAACCAUUUUGCUGCUUUUUUUUUCUAAUGUUAAUGUGUUGUACAUGUUAGAAACACCUUAAAGAUCUGACUUUUUCUUAGUUUAUGCUUGUCAGCUGUAUUCUUACAAUUCAGUAAUUACUUCUGAAGCUGACUAGGCUAUGGUUUGUUCUUUGUUGUUUUCAUUGUACUUAAUAGUUGGCGAAUCGUGUUUGAGCAAUUAAAUUUCGUAUCACCAUAACUGAUGUAUCAUGUAUGCAUACAUACAAUAAAACAGCACGAUAUUCAUUUUCCCA